CAUUGGUGUUUCGUUAAGUUGCAUUGCUCAAAAUAAAUAUUUGACGUCAUAUAAAUUCUAAAUUCAUUGAAUACUCAACCGUGUAUGUACAUCCAUAGUCAUCACAUGGAAACCGUACAUACAUUUCCUAUCACCAAAUGUAAACAUGGAGGCGUUUGUGAAACUAUUUCAACGAUCAAAAACUAUUAUUAUUGGAAUGAUUCACGUCAAGUCGCUACCAGGAACACCACUGUAUAAAUGUGGAAUGGUUGACAUUAUAGACAAAGCCUGCACUGAAGCAGAAGUGUAUAGAAAUGCUGACAUAGAUGGUAUCAUACUUGAGAACAUGCAUGACAUCCCAUAUUUGCAUUCUAAAGAUGUUGGUCCUGAAAUUGUGGCCAGCAUGGCUGUUGUAAUGAAUGAAGUGAAGAAAGUAUUUAAUAAGAAACCAAUUGGAAUUCAGAUUUUAGCUGGUGCUAAUGAAGCAGCUCUAGCUGUUUGUAAAGCCACAGGUGCAGACUUUAUUCGUGCUGAAGGUUUUGUAUUUUCUCAUGUUGCUGAUGAAGGUUUAGUGAAUGCCUGUGCAGGUUCCUUAUUACGCUACCGCCACCAACUCGAUGCUGAUGACAUUCUUGUCUUCUCUGAUAUCAAAAAGAAACACAGCUCUCAUAGCAUUACUGAAGACAUUGACAUAGUUGAAACUGCCAAGGCUGCAGAAUUCUUCUUAAGUGAUGGAGUAAUUCUGACUGGAACAGCCACAGGUUCACCUGCAGAUCAAUCUGAACUGGAAGCUGUGAAGAAAGCUGUGAAUAUACCAGUUCUUGUUGGUUCUGGCGUCACAUGUGAAAACUUAGUGAAUUUUGUCGAAGCAAAUGCUAUAAUAGUUGGAUCCCAUUUCAAAGAUGCUGGACACUGGAAAAAUGACUUAGAUAUUCACAGAGUUGUCUCUUUUAUGGAGAAAGCAAAGAAACUGCGAUCAGCUGGUAACUAAAUACAUUAGUUGAUUAGAUUUAAGAAACGUUGAGAAACAUGUUUAAAAAUAUUAUGAGAUAAUUUAGGUGCAGGCAUGGAUGUAUGGUUAAGGAACUUGCUUCCAAACCAUGUGGUCUUGGGUUUAUGGUGGGGGAAGGAUAAACACUAAGACAUACAUGCACGCACACACACACAUGGGAAGGGCUUCCACAGUUUCCAUACCAAAUUCACUCAUAAGGCAUUGGUCAACCUGAAACUAUAGUUAAAGGUCACUUGCCCAAAGUCCAAUGGGAUUGAACCCAAAACUACAUGUUUGCAAAGUGAAUUUCUUAACCACACAUCCAACCCUGCACCUAGAAUAUCCUCUCAAUUAAGAAAAGGAAAAAAAAAAGAAAGAAAAACAAUGUGUUCCUGACUAAAUCAAAGAUGUCCAUUUUCUGAGCUCACAAUCAUCUCUGUUUUAUUAACCAUUUCACUGCAAAAUCAAAUUUCAUGGUUUAUUCCACUAUUGAUGCUAAAUAUCUAAACAUAGAACUGGUAUUUUCUGCAACUUUAUCUCAAUAGGAAAUGAUUUCAAACAUGACAUUUCUCGACAAAAGAUAGAUUUGUGUAUUAUAAGACUGCUUCCAACAGAUAAGAGUUGUGAAAUUUUGAAUGGAUAAAUUUGCUUUCUGCAGUAAAAGAGUUAAAUACCCUCUCUCAAAAUGUGUUCCUCAGGAUUUUCAAAGUUCUCAGAUAUAUUUUAUUAUUCAUUGUUGUAUUUCCAAUUACCUUAAAUUUAAAAUUGAUAAUGGGAAUUCGUAAUUUUAAAUUUGAUUUAAAAAAGUAGUUAUUAUCAAUACAAAAUUGAAUAUCUGUUUUUUGGAAAUGUAUUCCAUUUAAACCUUUGAUUACGAUAUUCUUGUUGAGAUAUACUACUUUGGUUUUAAUUAAUUUUGAAAAUAAUGAAGUCUUUUGUAAAGUCUUUAUUAUUAAGCUGGUGUUUGGAAUAUAAAUUAACCUGAAAUUUUAACAGAUUGUUUUAAUUUCAACCACUUUAAAACUAAAACUGAAAGUUUUUAUUAUAGAACUAGAGGUGGUCUCAGGUGAGUUGGUAUCAAAAGGGUUAAGUUCAAUAUUCAGUUAGUUUUCAAAAUCUUUUGGAUGCCUUAAUUAACUGCCAUUUCAAUUCAUAAAAAUAUCUCAGUUUUAGUAAUUAGAAUUUUCACUCCAUGUUUUUUUUGGGGGGGGGGUAGUGAGGGGUUCGGUUAGGAAGAAAAAUUGAAUUCAAUUCCCAGUUAUUCUCCUGGUAUCAUUUUUUUUUUUUAAUACAGUUUGUCCAGGAUCACUUCGUUAUUGUGUUUAUACUGUUAUCAAUAUAUCUAAGAAAAAAGUGGCAAAUUGGCAAGAAAAAACUGCUUAGUGGCAUUUCUUCUAGCUUUACAUUCUGAGUUCAUUGAGAUUGACUCUUGGGGUUGAUAAAAUAAUUACCAGUCAAGCACUGGGGUCAAGGUAAUCACCUAGUGCUUCCCUCCAAAUUUCAGGCCUUGUGCCUACAGUAGAAACAAAAAGGCAGUGAGCUGGUAGAAUCAUUAGUAUGCUGGACAAAAAUGCUCAGCAGCAUUUCUUCUGGCUUUGAAAUGGUAAAGAACCCCUUCAAUCAUGAAUGACCAUGGGAUUGCACGUAGAAAGUUACCCUUCAAGGCACAAGUCUGGGCAAGGUUGUUUUUGAAAGACCAGCAUUCACCCAUGCAUACCAGCCUCCCCUCUCCAUGCCACUGAUGUUAUCCAAGGGAAAGGCAAAGGCCGAUAUAGCUUGGCACCAGUGACAUUGCAACUCAUUUCUACAGCUGAGUGAACUGGAGCAAUGUGAAAUAAAGUGUCUUGCUCAAGGACACAACAUUGCCCGAUCCAGGAAUUGAACUCACUACCUCAUGAUUGUGAGCCUGACACUCUAACCACUGAGCCAUGUACCUUCUGGCUUUAUAUCCUGAUUUUGAAUUCCACCGAGGUUGACUAUGCUUUCAUGCUUUCAGGGUUGAUAAAAUAAGUACCAGCUGAGCACUGGGAUUGAUGUACUUAACUAGCCCCCCUUCCCUGAAAAUUACCGUCCUUGUGCCUAUAGUAGGAAGAGUUAUCUAUACAUCAAAGAAUUGUACAUCUAAAUGUUGAUUCCAUGAACAUUUUCUAGAUAUCAUGGCAAUAAUUUGUAAAAACUUAAGAGAGAAAAAAUGAGAAAUUUUGUAAUGUGGACAUUUUGAUUUUUGAAAUGAUGUAAAUGAUUAGUUUGAAAACAAAAAUGUUUUUUGAUGAAAUAAAAAUAAAAUACUUCAUUUUUGUA